UUGACAGCAAGCAGAAACAGAAUACUGCUAUGGUAUCCUGGUGGCAGUGUCUGUUUACAUGAAUACUGGGGGGAAGUACAGUAGUCAGGUACUUGAAGCCAUUCAAUGUUAUUAUAACGCUUCUACUUUAUUUUUUUGAGAAAGAAAGGGAAAGAAGCACAGAUUUCACCCCUCACUCGAUACGACACUUCUUCUCCACUAAUGUGCUAUUUCCACAAAUGGAAAAGGGGCUUCAGCUGGGAAACUUGAGCAUUUCUCUUGUGCUCCUGCUGCUGCUGAAAGCCCUCACGGGGACGGCUCAGAGCUCGGCCGGGAGGGGAGCCGAACCCGCCGCCGCUCUGGGGUCAGAGACGGUCGAAGAUGGUCCCGACGUCAUGGAGCGGGCUUUGGGAAGCGUCGGCGCUCCGGUGACCGGAGACGUGACCGUGGAGGAUGACGAAAACGGGCCGGCGGGGGAGGAGGACGCGGGGGAAGGCGACGAAGACGCCAGGCUGAAGAGGUCCCUGGUCAUCAUCAGCACACUGGAUGGGCGCAUCUCUGCCUUGGACCCCGAUGACCAUGGGCGUAAGCUGUGGGACCUGGACGUGGGCUCUGGGUGCUUGGUCUCCUCUAGUCUGAGCAAGCCUGAGGUGUUUGGGAAUAAGAUGAUCAUCCCGUCCCUGGACGGCGCGCUCUUCCAGUGGGACCGUGACCGUGAGAGCAUGGAGGCUGUGCCCUUUAGCGUGGAGUCGCUGCUGGAGUCGUCAUACCGCAUACGCGAGGACACGGUCCUGGUUGGUGGGAAGUCCCUCACCACAUACGGCCUGGGGGCGUACAGCGGAAAGCUGCGCUACAUCUGCUCAGCGGUGGGCUGCAGCCACUGGGACGAGGAGGCGCUGGAGCGCGAGGACGUGCUGUUGCUCCAGCGUACCCAGAAGACCGUCCGUGCCGUCCGCCCCCGCAGCGGCAGUGAAAAGUGGAACUUUAGCGUGGGACAUUUCGAGCUAAAGUUCGUUCCUGAGACGCAACCAGGUCUGAACUUCAUUGAGGGAGAGCUGCCGAGUGGGCCGGGGGCGGGGCGUGAGGGACCCCGGGAAGGUCCCCAGAUCAUUCACGAGGAGGAGGAUCCCAAGGCUGAGACUCACGAGCUGCUCAUCAAAGUGUCUGUGCCUGACUGGAAGGUCAUGGCCUUCAACAACAAGCCGGGCGGAGGGCUGGCCUGGGAGCGCCAGUUCUGCACCCCGAUCGCCUCCGCGUGGCUGGUACAGGGAGGCAGGGUCAUUCCCAUCAGUCUGUUCGAUGACACGUCCUACACCUCCCGGCCCGACCCCGCGGGUGAGGAGGAGGAGGAGGAGAUUGUGGAGGAAGCUCGUGGUGCCACGGAAUCCAGCGUCUACCUUGGGAUGUUCCAGGGGCAGCUGUACCUCCAGUCUUCAGUGCGGAUCUCGGAGCAGUUCUCCACUCGGCCCAAAGCCCUGGACAGCCGCAACACUGGGGGAAUCAUCUCCCUCCCCACUGUCAAGUGGAAACCCUUGAUCCAUUCUCCAUCUCGGACCCCAGUCUUGGUUGGCUCAGAGGAGUUUGACAAGUGUCUGAACAACGACAAGUUUUCCCAUGAGGAGUACAGCAACGGGGCCCUGUCAGUGCUGCAGUACCCAUACGACAAUGGCUACUACUUCCCCUAUAAUGACCGGUACCGGGGUCGGCGGGACACAGCUGUCAGCCUGGUGCCAGGCCACGGGGGCCCAACCGAGUUGCGCAGGAAGGACCCAGUGCUGCUGCUGCCCUGGUGGAAGGAGAUCCUGGGCACCAUCGUCUUCUGCAUUGCCGCCACCACCUACAUUGUCCGCAAGUUCUUCCACCCACCAGCUGCCAGUGUGCGGCAGCGGAAAGAGUCGGAGACCCAGUGUCAGACGGACUGCAAGCUGGAGCUGGAGCCAGACGAACCCAAGGAGGUGAUGGUGACGGAGUGCCGGAGCACGGAAUACGUGUCCAGGUACCUGACUGAUUUCCAGCCAGUGCAGUGUCUAGGCCGGGGGGGCUUUGGCGUGGUAUUUGAGGCUCGCAACAAAGUGGACGACUGCAACUACGCCAUCAAGAGGAUACGACUGCCAAACAGCGAGCUGGCCCGCGAGAAGGUCAUGCGUGAGGUGAAGGCUCUGGCUAAGUUAGAGCACCCAGGCAUCAUCCGUUACUUCAACGCCUGGCAGGAGAGCCCCCCCGGGGACUGGCAAGAAGAGAUGGACCAGCGCUGGCUGAAGGAUACCAGCGCCACAGACUGGCCACUCAGCUCCCCAGACCCCAUGGAGCCGCUGUCUGUGAAGGUCCCGGUCUCCAAGCCCUCAGACACUUCUUCUGUGGAGGGUGGGCUGAGCCCGGCGGACACCUUCUCCUUCCACAGGGACGUGUCGUCCACUGAGGAGGCCCAGGCCCAUGACGCCUUGCCUGCCUGCACUGUCACCAUGGGCCCACUCAGCUUCUUUGCCAGUGGCGACAGCCAGGUGGAGCCUGAGUGCUCCGGCUCCCCCAGUUCCUUCGAGUUGUGUCCGCCGCACGGCUCCACUGACCGCACCACCUCCUCCUUCGACAUCGUGUUCGAGGAUUCUGGUUGUGACCACACCCCCGAGGACGUUUCUCGUGACCAGGGCUCCGCCCCCUCCCCUCAGCCGUUGAUCCGUCCCGACUUCCUGAGCCUGGAGCUGCCCACCCACCGGCCGCGGCCCCUGGCCUCUCCCAAGGUCUACUUGUACAUCCAGAUGCAACUGUGCCGCAAGGAGAACCUCAAGGACUGGAUGGCCGAGCGCUGCUUCCCAGAGCAGCGCCAACGCGGCCAGUGCCUGGACAUCUUCUUGCAGAUCGCCGAGGCCGUCAGCUUCCUGCAUGGAAAGGGCCUGAUGCACCGCGACCUCAAGCCCUCCAACAUCUUCUUCACGAUGGAUGACGUGGUGAAGGUGGGCGACUUCGGACUGGUGACAGCCAUGGACCAGGAGGAGGAGGAAGACGACGCUGGCAUGCCCCUGACAAUGCCAGGCUACGCUCGACACACUGGCCAAGUGGGCACCACACUGUACAUGAGCCCAGAGCAGCUGUCAGGGAACUCGUACUCCCACAAGGUGGAUGUCUACUCCCUGGGCCUCAUCCUGUUUGAGCUGCUGUGUCCUUUUCGGACCCACAUGGAGAGAGUUCAGACAUUGACUAAAGUGAGAGCAACGGAGUUUCCUGAUUAUUUCUCACAGAAUAACGCACAGGAGCUCGCCAUGGUCCGCAGCAUGCUCUCCUUGUGCCCCAGCGAGCGGCCUGAGGUGGCUGAGAUCACAGAGACUCCCCUCUUCCAGGAGCUGGAGGUGCCCUCCAGGCUUGCCCUCAGGCAGCGCUCUCGCACCUACAGCUCUUCGUCCACGGGGCGUCCCAACCGUCAGCCCAGCACCUGAGCUCCGGCCCACUCACUGUUGUGGCAAUGUUCUCCCGAUGUUCAGUUUCAUUCCCUGGGUCUGUGUUUGAGGGGGCUAGAACAUUUCAACUUUGUGCUUUUUUUUAAAAAUGUUUGCCCUCGAUUUACACUUCGGUGUACCUUGGGGCCUUCAGACCUGCCUGCCUCACACUGCCGCCCCCUCCUGGCGGACUGGUGCAACCUCUCUCGCCUCUCACCUCAGCGACGUUGACACUCGCCCUGCCUUCAGCUGUGUGAAAAGCCUAAAAGAUUUGCACUAAAGUGAGAUGAAGGAUGACUCCCCAUGAGGCGAGACCCCCCCCCCCCCCACACACACACACACACACACCCCACCUGCCAUCUCUGUAUAACUUUUUAUGUAGGAAACCACAGAGAGUUGGGACGGUUCUUUUUUCUACCUGUUUUUUCCCCACAAGCCUUGUAAAUAAAGGAUUUGUAGAAGGAGCUGCUUUUCUGUUGCCACCUCUCUAGCAGGACUGAGAGUAGCGCUUUGCUGCUGGGAUGUGAGGGCGGGACAGCUGGUCUUCCUGGGAACGCUUAUCGCCACGUGUCUGAACACGAGAGAAGCUGACGUACACACCUGCAUGGGGAUGUGGAAGUUGGACUGGAUGUACAGGGUUUGUUAUAUCUCAUGAAAACCGUUAGCCUGGCUUGGUAAACUUCAGUGCUUUGAACACCUCUGUUCAAGAGGUACUAUCAUUUUUUGUGUAUGUAAUAGCGAGAAAAAUGACAGAUUGUACAAUCAUGUCGAAAUUGACUAGAUUAAGUUACCAGGGCUAUUACCUUGUUGUUCCGACCUCCUUACCAACUGUGGGUUUUUUUCUGAAAAUGAGUAACCCGAAAGCAUGCCUGCAAUCAUGGAGGAACUGACAUCUACCAGACUGAAUUGAACCUUAGAGGCAUUAAGAACUAAUAAUUGUAAUGAAUUGUAAAUAGUACUUUUCCAGAGAUUCGUUAUGUCUUUUUUUUAAUAAUGUGUAAAUAUAAAAUUUGGACUGGGCUUUAAUGCUUUCCUUUGCGGAAAGGGGACGUGUGUCCUCCAGCCUGACCAUGUUG